ACUUCUGGUUAGACAAGAAUGAUAGGAGAUCUAAUUACUGGCAAUUAACUUUGUUGCGUUUCCCUUCAAUCAAGUGGAUAUAUAACAGUGAGCAUGGGAUGCUGUUACAGCUUUUGUAAAGAAGACAAUGGGCCACAGGGUGAUACUCCAAAUGAGAGAUCACGACUGCUGGUAAAUCCGGUCAGCAAUACUACAAAUAUUACCACAGUGAACAGCGACGAUUACGUUAAUCCGUAUUUGAGUCCCGUUCCUAAGAAGACUGACGAACAGAGUGCACUGAAUAGAAUUCUGCAUGAAACAGCCGCUAACGUGAUAGAUGUUGGAGCUCUCGACUCGCACAAUUUGGAACAACAUGAAUAUAUGGAUCGGUCCAGAGCUUAUGCUAAAAGAAUUGAAGUCAUCGGUGUUCAAGUACCCGAUCACCUGCCAUGCCUCUUGAAAGACAUACCAGCUCCGGAGAGAGUCUUAGCAGGAGAAGGUCUUUUACAGCAGGAUCAGGAAUUGAUUACCGAUAUGUUGAACAGUGCAGUGACAGCGCUGAGUGAUAUUCAAGUUGAACACAAAGAAGACUUAGUUGUCCCAUUCCUCUCGUGACUGCCUUUUGAGAAGAAAAUUGCAGGUACUAUCCACUUUGUCUGAUCGCAUUAAACAUACAGCUAUAAAGAUAACGGUUUUCACUCGUAAUUAUCAUUCUGGUUAUGAAGUUAUAUUUGUUUGAAGAUCUUAUCCAAUUAAUUUUUCACGUCUGUACUUUGGCGAUAACACAUAGUGUGCUCAUAAUAACGUUAAUUGGAGUUGGUCUGCAGUUGAAAUUUCGAUAUCAGAUUUCUUUCUCGUUUAGAAACACAUGCAUUUCGCAAAUAGUUUCAAUGGUAAUUGUUAUUGCGUGAUUAUGAGUCAAUUUUUCAGGAAUUAGCCAAGUACCAAAUUUAAAGAUUGUAAAUAAGAUUAUAUUAGGGCAUAUGAAAGUAUCGCUCAUCGAAUUAUGUUGAUCUCUAGUCCUGGUUUUGAAGAUUAAUCAGGGGGAAUUAAAGUUGAAAAAUGGAUUAUGGUCUAAGAUCGCAGCGAUUAGCGGGCAAUGAGGUUUUUUUUUUUGCUUUUUAUUAGUUAAUGUAAAAUAUCGUCUGCUAAUUAGGAAAGUUGGAACUGAAACCCAAGCGAGAUUCGAAAACUCAUUUUGUUGCAGUCGUUCGCACUUAUACAAUGUUAUGCCCGUAGCUAUUUAAAAACGUGAUUGUAGUUUCUGUACAAUAAAUAUUCUAAUUAAUUUGUAAUAUAAA